CUGCUCGCGCUUGCGUGAUCGCAUUCAAUUUGAUCUUUGUGUCGUCACAAUUAUAGAACAACCAGGAACAGCUGCUGUACCGGUGCGAUCGGCCGGCCGCAAGCCGACUGGAGGCCAAACUUACUUGUAGACGAAGUAGAAAUGACACGGAGGGAAGAAAGCAAAGAGAAAUGGCUGGUGCUUGCAAUGUCCUGUUUGAAUUUCCUGGUGAAUGGAGCUGUGUGUUACCAUGUGGGGGUUUUGAACGUGGCUGUUCAGAGCACUUACGGAAGUGACGUUAUCUGGACGUCAUGGCUCAUGGCUGUGUACUCUUCGAUGUUCGCGCUGGCAGGCCCAGUGGCGAGUGUGGUCAUCAAUGUGUCCAGCUGCCGUGCGUGUGUAUUCCUGUCCGGUCUCCUGGCACUGGCGGGCUGGUCACUCAGUAGUCUGGUGGUGGACGUUCGCUGGCUCUUCCUCACCCUCACCAUGGCAGGCGUUGGUCAGAGUCUCUCAGUGACCGGCGGUACCGUCGUUCUCCCCUCCCACUUUCCUCAACAGACGGCCAUAGCUAACGGAAUCUUCCUGGCCUGUGGGGGACUCGCUUCCUUCCUUCACCCACCUCUGGCUCAAGCUCUCGUCGAUACGUUUGGCUUGAGAGGGGCUUUCCUUAUUCUCGGCGGUCUGACCUCCCACUCGUGCCUGGCCGCUCUGUUCCUCCGACCCUCACAAGACGUGCAGGAGAGACAGAGGAAAGAACAAUUGUCUUCCAGUAGCUAUUGCUCCAACGAAACGCUUCGAAGCUCGAGACAAAAUAAUGUGUUGUCUUUUAUGAAGUUUCACGCAGGAGCCUACAUCUUUGCCGUGGGGUUUGGCAUCUACGCGGGCGGGAUGUAUUUGCUGACAUCAGCAUUAUCAGCUCUCACAUCGUGUGUCGGCAAGAGUGAUAUAUCCGACACCCCCAUCACGGACCACACUUUGAUACUGACAGAAGCCUCAGAACCUCUGCAUGACGCGGUGGACUUUGGUUUAGAGAGUGAGCCAAACAGUGCCCCGGAUGAAAAGUGUCUUAAAUAG